CAGUACCAUCAUUAUGAAGCUUUGACCCCAACACAACAACAUGCGCUAUGACGACGGGCACAGAAACCGUUUGAUUUCACGCGCGAAAUGGUAGCUAGAGCCGUAGAGGUCGAGUUCGUACAAUCUCGUGCGUCGAAUGUUUCUAUGCAACUCUUUGGAGCCACGUUCACCGGUCUACUACCUUCCUUGUACCACCGAUCUUAGAUCUAAAAGUGCCAGUCUUCUGCAGUUCUGGUGAUUUGGACAAUGAGAGAAUUAUCCUGAUCAUGGACAUGGUCCGUCUUGCGCACAUCAAAUCCAGACAAACCGGAACAAUUCAGCAGUUGUUUUUGAUGACUUCAUGUAUGCGGUAUAGCGACCAUUCCUAUAGCAGCAAGGUUUACGUGAGUAAACGACGCCACAACCCUCAGGAGCCUGUACUGACAUAGUGCAGUUUCUACUCAACAGUACCAUCCCAAACAUUGUUUUUGAUGACUUCAUGUAUGCGGUAUAGCGACCAUUCCUAGCAGCAAGAUUUACAGUCUUCUGAUCAAAACCGUACUGCUCAAGAUGACGUUUACUCAGGAAGGAUCUCUACCAGGCCUAUAACAAAGUUCCAACCUCUGUCAAUAAAGCAAAAUCCAAUUCCCUGUUGGGCACUUUUGGUUCAGAUUUUCAUAUCCUUCAGAAUUCAACACUCUAGAGUAGGCCUAUAACAAGUGACACAUUCAUUGUACUGUUAUAAAAUACGGGCAUUUGUAUGUACAAAACAGUGAAUUACAGUGCUAAGUUGUUCAUCUGUAAAUACAUCUAUAGACUUUAUUCAUUGGUACUAUAAAAGGCAGGAAGUGACAUCGCAUAAUUUGGGCGACUACGUACGCACUAGCUUCACCAGUUGCCUUGAUGAGUUCAUUUACAUGUAGUUGAAGAAAUUCAUACAAGUUGGAGAUCAGUACUGUUGUAAGUGCAAACCUUAAUAUUGUGCAAAUCACAUAAUAUCGACAUCCCACCCUAGCGCAAUGGCAUCACCUAGCCCUGGCACUAGCCAACAUUUGGUAAAUAAAUGCGCAAAGUGUAAAACUUCUGAAAACCCACUGGUCCCUUCACUUAUACCCGAUCAAGAUGAGCUAUGCUCUCUGUGCCUGCUUCAGACACAAAUCCAGAAUCUCCAUCUGCGUAAUGAGCUGGAGACGAUUCAACAAGAGGGUGAUAUAGUGUCUGGGAUGUUGGAAGGCGAAGCACCAGACAGGGAAACUCAGGAGUUAGUAAAAGUACGACAAAAGGCCCACGGUGCAAUCGAAUUAAUGAUGGGUCUGCAUGUCCCAAAGCAAACUAGUAGUGGUAAAGAGGAAGUUGGAAAAUUUGAGCCAACUUUUGGGGAUGUUCAGGUGAUGGAAGCACUGGCCCCAGAUGUUUGUCUGAGACUUCGGAAGGGUUCACUCCGUCAAUUUCACUCAAUACUGCACCCUGUCAAUAACAUGGUGGAUGGGAAAAUGGAAUUUAAAGGGACACUCUUUGAAGUAUUUGACUCCAAACAAACAAAUAUGAAUGAGUACAAUGACCAAAACAAACGGGCGAGAAAGUUGGUAGAAGAAAUGACAAGAUGCAACUCCAAGAAGAUAUUCCUAUUGGAUGGUCAUGGCAGGAUGCUCCUGUCGAUCAUACAUGCGAUGAUUGAGCAAGGCUUAGAUCCAGACUCAUAUGAGUUUGUAGUAGUUGACAAUGUCAAGGAGUGUCAUUGCUUUCAUGAGCAUUUGUUCCCUCAGUCAGUGACAUGCGAAUGCAAAGACAUAUUGGAAAUUGGGCUGGGGAAAACUGACAUGCUUUACAUGAACUUCUGUAGUAUACCAUCAAGGGUCGAAAAUAUCCUCUUCAAUAAAGAAGAAGUUCUGAAGUGGGUGUGGGAACGCAUGAAAACUAUGAAAUGUGGGAUAAUGAUAUCAGCAGUGAUCCGUGAUACGCGGACAGAGGUCGACCAAAGGGACAGGAUAUUUACAGCUAUUGGCCCAAGUAAAGGAAUACACAUAAACGAUUAUCACCUUCGUGCGGCGGGUUUUGAGGCGUUUCUUAUAGACGAAACACUUUUUGGUGGUGAGGAAGUGUCUGCGCGUAAACACUUUAAGACAUGGCUUAUCAGACCUGAAAACUGUGUAGUAAGAAAUGACCCAAACAUUCUACGAACCACGUUUGGAAAGAAUGAGAUAAACUGGGAUUACAGACUUGAAUUGGUUCCUGGUGUUUGUGUAAGAUGGGACCAAAAUCCUGAUCAAAAAUAUCGUAUUACAGAGCGAACAGCACUUAGGGUACGCCUAGUGGAACAUCCCGGCAAUGGUCCGAGUAAAGGGCGCCAAAGAGAUAUCAGGCAUGUUAACGUAUGGACAGAUCCAUAUGAACUGAAGCUAAAGCCUGUUCUCACCCGGUUCCCCUUCAACUCUUAA